CAAUUUGGGAUCGGCCAAAUGGGAAUUAAGUAUCAUUUUCGAUUUGUUAGAGCUUUUUUUUGUAGAUUUUACGCAAGAAUCGAGCAGUCAAUAUUUACUUCCUGUAGUAAAAGAACCUGAAUUGAAGGGAAUGAAUACUGAUGAUUCAUAAAGAAGAUUUUAACUUGUUUGGGAUUGAAGUGUAGUUAAUCGAUGAUUCGCUUUUCUUGUGGUGAUGACUCCAAACUUCUGGUAAUGUGGUAUUUAUCAUUUGUGCUUGGAGUUUUUAAUUCCUGGGGUUCAAGUAACAAAUUUUAGUAGGCGUUUGGCCAUGAAAACCAAAUAUUUUUUACUUUAUUUGGAAUUUUGGAGUUGGAGUUAAAAUUGGAGUUGAAGAUGGAGUUGUGUUUGGUUAUAGUUUUUGCAAAGAAUAUUUGGUUGUUUGAAUGUAUUGAAAGUGAAAAAAGUGAAAACAAGGUUUUAGUUGUUUUCCAAAUUCCCAAUACAACUUCUAGUUGUAUUUGGAAUUUUCAUGGCCAAACGCUGAUUUCCAGAUAAAGUGAAAUAAUUUUCCAGAAAAAAGCGAAAAAUUCUCAUGGCCAAACGGGGUCGUAUAACAAAAUGCUCACAUGAUCGGAAUGAAUUUAAGUUUCUAACUGUUUCAAAUUGUAAUCAGUUGGUUUAUGUAAAUAGUAUGCGAGAGAACUUGAUGAUUAUUAUCUUUAGUAACUAUUAAUAAUUUGUCUACUAGAGUAGUAACUAGGAAGAACGUAACCCCCCACUCACCCCCAAAAAAGUAGUAGUAGUAAUUAGUGGGGAGUGCAUUGUUCCACAACACAACUUUUUUUUUUUUUUUUGAACUACAAUUGCUAACAAAUUUCGUUUUUUUAGUAUUUUUGUGUUCCAGGAUGAUGUUAAUUUUAUCCGUCUUGGAUUUCCUUACUACUUUUUGUUUCGAUAUAAAGAUGGCAUGGUGCAUGUUGAAAAAAUAAUACUAAUCUCCGGACCUCGUGCAUAGCGGGAGCUUAGUGCACCGGGCUGUCCUUUUUAUUUAUGGAUCUCUGGAAAUGGGAAACCCCAUACCGUAAUCCUCUAUCAUGGACAACGGUUUUUUUUUUUUUUUUUUCACAUUUGUUCAUUGGUGACUUCACCCAAUCUUAUGGUUGGAGGAGGGUCCUUACCACUAGACGACCCCUCUUUCAUUAAUAGUGCUUAUAGAAUAAUUGCAAAUGAGAAUCAUCAUUUUUGUUGCAUCAGUGUUGAUGUCCAAUUCUGUAGCAGGGAGGAAAACCCUUUUCUUUUAAUGCAAGGGGAAUAAAUUCUGUCAGGGGGAAUUUAUUCCUGCAAAAUAUCUAUUCAUUCUUGUGAUUUCCUCUGCAUUACAGGUGUAUGGUAUUAGUAGCCAAGAUGUAUAAGUUGACGUGACUAAAUAAUGUGAAAUGAUUAUUCACACACUAUUAGGGGUUGUUUGGUCUAGAAAUGUUUUAUGCAAGGAUUAGUAUUAUAGAGAUUAGGAUUUAACUGAGCUUAUUGUUUGAACAAAAAUCUUAAAGAGACUUCCUUUUUGAAUUUUAUAGCCACGUAAUAUGACGGUUCAUCCUGAUUGAUACCAACUUGUAAGUAGCAAAUAUACAUGGUUGCGCAUGAAUGCUCUUUCCUGUUAGCGGAUUUGUCUUUUUGCUGCUUAAAGUAAUUCGUGCAUAAGGUAAGGAAAUUCGGACGAGCUCUAUAACUGAAACAGACGUACUACCCAGCAUGUUAAAAAUUUCCGUAUUCCUAUUCGUAGUUUCUGCUAGAUUGGGAGAAUUUGAUUGCUUUUUCCGAUUUUGACAGGAGGAAAUUCUAUGGCUCCAAAAAAGAACAGGAAACAAAGCAAUAAAGCUGCUGAAUCUAGUUCUAGAAGUACUGUUGCUGGAAAAAAAGCUUCCCGGGCACUGAAGGGUAAACGUAAACUUGUAAAAAAGUUCUCUCACAUAAACUCUGCACAAACCAAAGAAGCUGUGCAAAUGCAAGCCAGAAAUAAAGACAAGAAAGCAAAAAAUGGCAACCAAGGAAAUGAUGUUGGUGGAGAAGAUGCUAGCAAGUCUCAAAAUAUUAAUGAAGGGAACAAAGAAAUGGAUACGAGUGAAAGACAUGGAGAGGUGAGUAAGGAUGAAAAGAAUGAAAAGAGCUUUGGUCUAAAUGAAGGACGGGGAGAGGUGAAUUGGGAUGCAAAAACUUUAAAUAGUCUUGGUGGAGUAAUUUUCAUGUGCAAUGCGAGAACCAAAGAAGAUUGUUACAGAUAUCGCGUGAUGGGUGUUUCUGCGAGCAAGCAAGACUUUGUGAUGGGAGUCAAACCUGGUCUUAAACUUUUUCUCUUUGAUUUCGAUCUGAAGCUCAUGUAUGGUAUUUAUGAGGCAUCUUCUGCUGGUGGAAUGAGACUUCAACCAGCGGCAUUCGGUGGGGCUUUCCCUGCUCAGGUUCCUUUUCGGAUUCACAAGGACUGCAUUCCACUACCAGAGAAUGUGUUCAAGAAAGCAAUUAAAGACAAUUAUGAUGAAAAGUCCCGCAAGUUUAAGACUGAGCUGACAGUUAUGCAGGUUGAGAAGUUAACAGAGCUGUUUAGACCUGCACCAUGGUUUGAUCCAACCCUCAAACCAGUACUACCGGCUCCUGUGGCUCAGCCAGCUAAUCAGCCCUCAGUGGCCCCACCUUUACCUGGUCGGAAUUUCUCACCACAUGAUCAUGGAAGGCAGCAGUGUGCAGACCGCUAUGUUAUGCCUAGGGAGGUUGCCCAUAAUCCACAUUUUCUUACUGAGAAAGAAUACAGAAGCUGUGGUCUUCAACAGGCAAAACAUAUGCAGCCUUCUACUUCACUGCACGUUAACUACAAAUUGGAUCAUUAUGGAUCUGAACAAGGAACAACUCAGCAGCUCCUGAAGGCACCUUCACGGAAUGAACAUGGUUACUCCAAUGCUCGCUUUCCAAGUGAAAGGGAAUACCGCAGUUAUGGUCUUAAUAGUUACCAUGGGCAACCUGUUACUGUUGCUCCUCCUGUAGAAAGUAGUAGUACAGUAGCUGCAGCUAAUGUAAAUCCUUAUGAUGAGAGUACCACCUCGCUUGUGAACCGGUAUCUUUCUCUGCCAAGGACAACCAUAAGACAUGGAGAGUUGCCUUCGACGGGCAGAGAGUCAUUUGCUAGUGCUUCCAACUAUGUGAAUGACAUCAGAGGCUAUCCAGGAAGAUUGCCUGCUGAAAAUGUAAGAUUUUAUCCACCAAAGGCUCCUCAUGCGCUAUCAGGUCAUAGCCACAUAUAUCAGUAUCCUAGAGAUGAGACUGGAAAGUCAUCGUCAGUCUUACCUCAGUAUCCUUUUGCUCGCCCACCUCCAUCACGCCAAUGACACUGUGCUGCAAAGUGCAUCCAUCCCUCAAUGAUGCCUAUUGUGGCUCCAAUGGACUCCAGAAUCCAAAAAAUUGUUUUAUUGUAUUUCACAUUUCCUUCCUGUACAAGCUGGGAAAUAAUCCUGAUGGCCUCCGAAUAUCCAGGUGGAGGUGUGGGGGGUCCUUGUAAUGGGUUAACGAGAAAAAAAAAAAAAAAAAGAGGAGGAAAGGCUGGAUAAUUUGCUUCACUUCUUCAGACAAUGUGAUGUUUGUCCAUAUCUUUAGUAGGGUCCUGAUGAUGAAUGCUUGAACUAGAACUUCAGGAUUCUGAUGGGAGUCACAUUUAACUGUAAGGUUAUAUCACAGGAACAGGUCAUGAUGCACUAGGUUCCUUAACCUGUAUGAACUCUGCAAAUAUAACGGAUAGUGGUGCAGCAGCUGCUUAGUUUGUGAAAGAUUUUCCUAGGGAAGUUUUGUCACAGCUAUAAAUCUCAUUUGCAAGGUGGGUCUCUGCUCAAACUCCAGUACUCUCUCUUUGGUUUCGAGGCGCCUCUUAGCGCCCAAUGUGGAAGAGAUGCAUCUUCACCAAACUGAAUAUGAUCUUUUGGUAUCCUAUGUACAAUACGUUCUGUUUCUAGUGGAUUAUCUGAUGUUUUGCCUGUACAGAGACCUGUGACAGUGUCACUUCUAUAUGAAAAAAGUAAACAGUUUUUGAACAGCUCAAAGGACUAGUCUGAAAAUUUCUCGAGUUGGUACAAUUCCUUUGGAGGGGUAUUUUGUUCAAGUCUCUUUAUAUUUCA